UCGACCCAGGAGGACCAGGAGGUGCUAGAAGCCGGAGAAGCAUGGCCGCGACGCAGCCACAGCCCCACGGGCUGCAGCACCUCGUGCAGCUGCACCUCGGCGCGGCCGGGCCCGACGGCCGCCGCACCACCAGCUUGCACCUGCAGACGGCGAUCAAGACGCCCAGAACGCUUCCGCUAGAGCCGGGGGUCGUGCACAUGCUCCUGGAUAAGGUGCACAAGAAUGGCGAAUCUGACGCGCUCUACCUGACGGGUUCGGACGGCGCGGACGACUCCGGCGGCGAGUACGCGCACCUGUUCGCGAGCUGCGGCCUGGUCACGCACGCCCGCAUGGACGGCGCCGGCCUGGUGAGCGACGCCGUGCGGUUGUUCCACGGGGUGCGCGCCCGCGCCAACCCCUUCCGCCCCGCCGCCCGCCCUGGCGCCAGGCUGUCUCGCUGGCUGCGCCGGAGGUGUCGCGGGCUGGCGAGCCUGUUCGCCGGGCCCGCGCCUGCAGCACCUGCACCUGCAGCACCUGCACCUGCAGCACCUGCAGCACCUGCACCUGCAGCACCUGCACCACCUGCGGCACCCGCACCUGCACUUGCCGCGCCCGCACCCGCAGCACCCGCAGCCGUACCUGCACCCGCAGCGCCCGGCACCUUCAGAACCCGCGCAGCUACGCACUGAACCACUGAACUUUCAUUGUCAAUGUUUUGCUCCGCGUUUUUGUUUUUACUCUGACCAAUUAAUUGUUUUGCCAGCUGAAGUGUGUGUAGUUAUGUUGUG